UUCUUUUCGACAUCCUUCUCACAUCCGGAUAUAACGGUUCUCAGGGCGGGACAAUUUUAUUACUUCUAAACUGUUACUCGAACGGAUAGAUUCCAACAAAUAUCACUCCAAUCCUCAACCCAAGACAACCCCAUUAAAAAUUAAUUUUAUUGAUCACUGAAGAUCGUUUUUUUUAGUCCGAGGACCACCAUUUAUUUCAAGCCUCCCUCAAACACACACACACACCCGUCCAGUCACCCUCACACACCCGCGCCGCAGCAGCAAAACCUAACCCCUCUAACACGUGUUUAAACGAUCCUGUUCCAAGUUCGAUCGCGCAGGGGCAUGAUGCAUGCGCGUGCCAGAUGACUUACCAACCGAUGAGUUGUGCUGAAAUUAGUCGAGCCGAUCGGGGCCCCUCGUGCCCAUGUGUUGUCUCAAGAUCCUUGUAUGCGCACCAUUGCUGCUUUCAAUGUUCACCCCGAAGACCGUGACGAGGCUCUUGGGGUGCAAGGCAAUGGCAUAUCCGCAGGAUCCUUUUACUCCACCUCCAGGACAUGGCAUACGUGUGACCACAAAUUCCUGGAACGCAUCGUGGGUAAUCGUUUUGUGCCUUCGCGCCGACGACCCAAGCCCAAGCCGUCAUCUGCAUCAUUGUAGUUUUGCGCUUUGCAAUUCUUGCAUUAAUUCACCAAAUGCUUAUUCCAAGUGCGCUUCUCGUUGCCCAUUCGCACCGAGCAAAGUGGGCGCACUUGUUUCGGCACUCCUGCCCAAAUGGUAACGGCUGCAAACACCGUUCCUACUAUCAUUAUUAUUAUUGCUUUGCCAGGGGGGGAAAUUAUAAUAAUAUUCGAUGCAUCUUGUCUUCCCCUUUACGGUCCAAGCCCGGUACAAGCACACCUGAUUGGCCGAACGGCACGUGCUUAGGAGGCUGCGAUUCGUUUGGCUUGGCGUAGGCUUGCACACUGCACUGCCUUUCGGUUGCUAUAGAAACGAAAGCCCGCUUCCCGGAGUGGGGAUGAAGCCGAAGUGCCCGAGCUCGAAACGAACAAUGGCAGGAUCUUUCGAUCUUGGGACCGAGUUCGAGGGAAGGGUGGAAGAAAACACAACGCAAAACGGGCCUGAAGCCUGAAGAAUCAGGUGAAUGAAGCAAAGGCCGUGAGCUCCGAAGCGUUCCGUAAGGGUAUAAAUACAAGCGGAUUAAACCGAACCCGAAGUCAUUGCGGAACGAACCCUUGCAAACGAACCGUCUCGAACUCAUCUGCUCGAAAGAUCCUGAAAAGCGUCCGGCCCGUGAAUGUGUGCACAUUACUAGCUGAUCGGUGUUUGUUUGUGCCUUGCGUCAGUGUGAAGCAUUCAGUGUUUUGAAGAACUCCCGUGACGAAACGAUUCAGCGAACAGAACGUGGUGAAAAAUGACAAGUGAAUUUGGCCGACACGCUCCCUUCUACUACUACGGCCACGAACCCGCAUGCGGCAGUGUAAACGUCAAAAUGGAACAGCUCGAAGUGCCAUCAUCCUUAGCCGAGUCGAGCUACCUUAACUCGAACUACUCGUACGCAUCCAACACCGUCACCACCACCUCCGCCAACAGCACCAACCUUGUGGCCCAAUCGGCUGCACCCAAUGUGGUGAUACUGCCCGGCUUUAUGGACAACUACCCAGACAGCUGGAUGACCCCGAGCCCCUCGAGCUUUGGGUCGGAAAGCCCCGACUACUACUCGCUUGCCAACUCCCCCCAGCGUAGCUUCGUCGAUGUGGAAGAGUACAAAGAAAACCUGAUGGCCAUGCAGCAGCAGAAACCCUCCCCGCUGCCGUCACUACUUCCCUCCGCCAUACUUCCACUCUCGCCACCACCGCCAGCACCACUCGCCACCGUACAAUCGGUACACCCUGCCAGCAAUGGUUGCAGUACAUCACCUCCCACCACUAACCUGCCGGUGAAAAAGCGCCAGUACAACCGGAAACCAAAAGCGAAACCGGAACCACCGAGCGGUGCCGAAACGGAUGCCACCUCCCGUGCCGACCUGUCCUGUCUCACCUUCCCGAAGAGUCUGUUCCCCAGGGCGGCAGACCCGCACAACGUGCACUCCGAAGGCACCACCGGCGGUGUCGGUGUGAUCGGCAAGCGGAAGCGCAAACAGGUCCCACCCCAGAUCAAGAAGAAGCGCCGGCUGGCGGCAAACGCACGCGAACGGAAGCGGAUGCAGAACCUGAACGAUGCGUUCGAUCGGCUGCGCCAGUAUCUGCCCUCGCUCGGGAACGAUCGGCAGCUGUCCAAGCACGAGACGCUCCAGAUGGCACAGACCUACAUUACGGCGUUGUGUGAUCUGUUGCAGUAGUAGCCGCGCUCGUUGCUUUUGGGGCGAAGGUUCUGGGAGGCUGCAUGCCCCCUUUGUACAGUCCACGGGUUGUGUUUGAAGCCUGCGGAGAAACGUAUACAGCGAACGAAACCUAAAACGAGGCUACAUUUUCUUCCCCUUGCCUGCCCGAAUGCUCGCUUCCGUACGCUUUCGGGGAGCUUUCUUUGGGAUAUUCUGUGGGGUGAUGCACCGGCGAUAGCAAUAAGGUUAAGUUUGAAGUGUAAAAAAACAAAACAAAACUGAAAAAUCAAUGUUAAAUUAUUUGUCUACUGUUACUUUUAUUAAUAUUAUUGAUUAGUUAUUAGCGAAUAAAACAAACUACAAGUAUGAAAAUUAUACCGCUAUAUGUGUGUGUGUUUUUUUAUUGUUCGAUAUUUUAUACUUAU